AUGGCAGCGCGCAAGGCUCCUCACUUGAUGACCUUGGCUGACCUCAGCUCGACUCAAAUCCACGGCGUCAUCGCGCACUCGUUCCACCUCAAGCGCAUCUCCCUCCCAUGGCUCGCCCCCCAAACGCGCCUCGAGAACGGCAAGAUGUCCAACCAGCGGCUGCGCAUGCCUUCGCAGUCGCUCUUCAACAAAACGGUCGCUCUCCUGUUCUCCAAGCGGAGCACGCGGACGCGUCUCGCGGCUGAGACGGCUGCCUCUCUCCUGGGCGGACGGGCGCUCUUUCUGGGCAAGGAUGAUAUUCAGAUUGGCGUCAACGAGUCCGUACGCGACUCUGCGCGAGUCAUUGGAGGCAUGUGCCAGGGUAUCUUUGCGCGUGUGGGAGACCACAGCGAGAUCGAGGAACUCGCGCAGUACUCGCCUGUGCCCGUGCUGAACGCGCUCUCUUCUCUGUGGCACCCCACGCAAGUGCUGGCGGACUUGCUCACUCUGACGGAGAACGCGUACUUGUUCGAUUCGUCGCUGCGGUCGCGCGCGAACAAGGACCCUUACUCGACGAAGCACAAGCAAUUGGAUGAGCUUCGACCUCUGACGAUCGCGUACGUCGGCGACUGUGCAAAUGUACUGAAUGACAUGCUCGUCAUGUACCCGCGACUGGGCCACAAGGUGCGGGUAGGGGCGCCCGAGAACCCCAAGUACCGUCCGCCGAAGGCGGUGUGGGAUCGGGUGGUCGAGCUCGGAUGCGACAAGGGCAUCUUCAUGACCGCAGACCCUCGGGAAGCGGUGCACGGUGCAGACGUGGUAAUCACGGACACCUGGAUAUCGAUGGGGCAAGAGGCGGAGAAGGAGCAACGGCUGAAAGAUUUCGAAGGAUACCAAGUGACGGAGAAGCUGUGCAAGGAGGGCGGGGCGAACGCGGAUUGGAAGUUCAUGCAUUGCUUGCCCCGGAAGCAGGAGGAAGUGGACGACGAGGUGUUCUACGGGCCGCGGUCGCUGGUGUUUGAAGAGUCGGACAACCGCAAGUGGACGAUCAUGGCGGUAUUCGAUCUGCUCUUCGGGAAGUGGGAUCUUGUGGGCCGCAAGCAGGAGGCGAAGGCAUGA